GAGUCGAAUCGUUUGCUUUCGACACAUCACUACUAGCAACCCAAUUGGGAUUCUACCGAGAAGAGAGGCAGUAGUAACGCGACGUAUGCAGUUCAAAGCUUAUAAAAGGCCUGAAGAGCGAAAUGACUGACACUGUUUUCGGCAAACUAAGAUACAGAUUCCAUCAGAAUAUGCGUCAUUGUGGUGCAUCUGGAAAGUGGAUAAUUAUACUUAUGGCGGAUGGAUUUCACCGGGUAUAUUCACCUGAAAAUGAUUUGAUGAUAAUUGACUAAGAUGACAAUCACAGAUCCAACCAAUAUACUGGAAUCUGCUGUGUAUCAAACUGCUGAACUGAAUUCCAUCUAUAUUCACAUACAGCUCUACUCUUCCUGUAAACAAUGUGAUUCCACAUACAUCAGUGAACUGGAGGAUCCCUGGAACAACCCUAACGAGCUCAGUCAUAUUUUUGAUGCUCUACACAAGCCCAAAUAUAACAAAAUCAAUAUGGAGUACCCAUGGACAAGGGAUAACAGAUAUGUAGCCAACCCAGAUGAUGUCUGGAAUGUGUUAGCACAACAUAAAAGACACAAACUACACCGUUUUUCAUCCCCAGAUCUUUAUAACAUGCAAGUAAACCCUCAAGUUCUGACUGCUGAAAUGGCUGGUGAGGUUGCACUUAGAAGAAGAACGAGAUCAAGAAGUGCCUCCCGAGUCCAAACCAAUUUUAUUCCUUUAAUGACUGAUUCUUCCCCUCCUGCAGUAAGAAGGAAUCAUGAUUUUCAUAGAUCUCCAAAACAUUCUCAGUGGAGGCCAGAGUUGUCUGCCAGGGACACCCUCUAUGGACCGACUUAUACUGUCCUUAAUGAGGUACAUCCCAUCAAAUUGCAACCACAGAGGACUGAUACCAUUAGGCACUCUCCUAUUUAUAUGCCUGAAAGUUUGGAUGAGGGAAGGCCUGUUAAACUUGCCACUAGUCCUCAUGUAAGAUGUCGAGUAGACAUUAAACCUGAUGAGGCAGCUUUGCAGCAACAUGGCCAAAAGUCAUCCAUUACAAGAAUGGAUAUACCAUCGCAUAGGUAUACUACUGGCAGUCAGAGUCUUACAGUACCUCCCCAUGUAUCCACCUCUAGAACACCAACUCCCACUGAAUAUUUCAAAGGUGAAUACACACCUACCUACCAGUAUUCCCAAAGUAUGCCAACCAGUUACAUGCUGCCAUUAAAGACUCCACCACACAGAAUACCUUCUCAGUGGGAGAUGAGACCAUAUGGAAGGGAGAGAAGAGCUAAGUCAAACCCCAAUGUGCCAACUAAAUUCUCCAAUGUAGACAAUUUGGGGAAAUAUGAAUCUUCACCCCCAAAAAGAACUUACUAUCAGGAUGAUUAUUUUACCAUUCCUAGCCAUACCUACUCUCCUAAAGUACAUUAUUUCCAAGAUAAAAAAACUCAUGUGGUUCAUACUAUACCUGACAGGCCAUAUUUCACAGAAGGAGAUCUUUAUAAUACUGACCAAGCACAGUACAUAAUACAGACACCCCCUGCACGAACCUUAAUUGAGGAUGAUCCUAGGACACAUCAGGUUCAAACAGUUCCUCCUAGGAUUUUCUAUGUUGGCGAUCCCUUUGUACCUGCACUGGAAACUUACAUUCCAGCCCAGGUAUACUACACAGAUGACAGGCGUCAUGCACACAUGGUUCAGCCAAAAUCAAAUGAUUUGUUUGGCUCAGAUGUGUCUGGCUUCUCUACACCCUAUCCUUCAUAUACACCUAAUGUUACACUAGCAAAAGUUAGACAAGAGUCCAUGCCUACCCCUUGGUACAGUAACUUGUGUAUGGAGCCGACAAGAUCAGUAACUGACUCAAGGACUCACUCAAGGUCUUGGGACAAUAUCCUCAAUACUCAUGUAGCACGGGAACAACCUGUGUCUCAUGGAAAAAGUGAUGAGAAUCUACUAUGUCAAAGGAAACAAACUUUGUCAUUAAAUGACAGACCAAAACCUGUGGUUGUUAAUCUUUCCAGUUCACCUAGACGUUAUGCAGCUUUAUCCUUGUCUGAUAAUUCCUUGAUUGACAAAAACCCAAUUGAUACUAAGGGAACAUCAAGCAAACAGUGGUAUGUUACUCCUGAAAUUACUAUUACAGACAAUGAUAUCAAACCUUGCAAGGGCUAUAAGGCAGAAGCCCGCUCAGCCAGUUGGGACGUGCUUGAUUCUAAAAUAGUUCCAGAUGAAGAUGCUGCUUACCAUGAGACAAUUCCCCUUUCAACUAAAGAUAAAACAUAUCAUAGCACCUCACUCCAACAAAGCUUAGAACAACUUGACAAGCUUUUAGCUGACCUAGUCAUUGAUUAUAAACCCCCCACUAGUAUACAGGCCAGUGAAGCAGUGAUGGAUCAACUCAAGAAGCAUAUUGAUGAAGAAUCAGUAUCAUCAGGAAGAAAGAAUUCAAAGCCAUUAUAUGAGAGUAGCAUGUCCCAUGACAAACCAUCAACAUCCAUAACAAUAGAUCCUCACACCAUAACUGAGAUGAGAUGUGAUGGCCUGCAAAAUAAUGAGAACUGCUCUCCUGACCAGAGUCCGGAUGAGGACGAGACAAUGAUGUGUUCCAACAAUAAAUGUCGUCGGACAGAGACAUUGUUUAAUGCAUGCCUGUACUUUAAAUCCUGCCACAGCUGUUACACAUACUACUGCUCUCGCAACUGCCGCAGGGAGGACUGGGCUAUUCACAAGGAGAGCUGUCUGUAUGGAAGAAUUGGCAGUAUAUGUCGCCACAUUAUUAAAUAUUGUAGAGAAACCACAGAUGUCCACAAAGCUUUCUCACGUAUAGCCAAAGUGGGAUACCUGUCACGAGGAAGAGGAGUGCUGUUUUUGAGCUUUCCAAACCCAGGCUCAUCAACAAAUUUCCUUCAGUAUGGCCUAGAAAGCCUUUUAAUGUCUCCAACAUAUCUAUCCAUACGUGAACUAGAUAGUUACAUGGAUAACCUUGGAGAUUAUUGUAAAGAGCUCCAGGAAGCAGGUAAGGACUAUGAUCCCAAUGAAUGUUUUCUCUUGAAUGUAUCCAUUGCAGUUGGUGAACAAGUGCCUGAGAGAUCACCACCAAGGGUAAAGGCCCCAACAGUUCGAAAGUAUGCCAAGGUUGCUUUAGCCUCUUACAGCCCAGAAAGGAGUGUCCACGGGAAAGAACGUGAAAUGGAGACUUUGAUUCUUACUCCACCACCAGGUACAGCUGACAUUGACAAGGAAGGUGAAGAGGGGAGAAAAGCUAGAGAGAUUUGUUUCAUUAACAUUCAACGGGAACUGAGAAUUCGUGGAGUGUUCCUCCGCCAUGAGUACCCCCAUGUGUAUCAGAAGCUGUGUGAGUUUGUGGAGAGCAACAGAAGGUUUACUCCUACCAGUAUUUAUCCCAUUGACAAGAGAACUGGCAAGCAGUUCAUGUGCAUGAUAAUGGCAGCCUCUGAGCCACGGACUUUGGAUUGGGUUGCCACCCCUCAUCUUCUAGAUGAUAUUAUUUGAAUAAAUACACCCUUUGUGUAUAUAAAAAAUAUAUACAUAUAUACAUAGUUAUUUAGUUAUGUAUGACAGAUGCAAAUACAUAUAUUAAGCUCAUUAUUACAGUUUAUAUGUAUUUUGUUAUUUAAAAACAGGUAUUAAUGUAUGUAAUAUAUUACAUGGUUACGAAGAAGAAACCACAAACUAUUUAUUGACAUCUUGCUACACUGGGUAUUUUCAGAAUGUCUUCAUGACAGUUUGCUAAUCAGUGGUACAUGCAGUGAAUCACUGAAUCAGUUAUAACUCACCACAACUACAAAAUAAUCACCCAACAAGACACAUUUAAAUGAUGUACUAUGGCUAUAUCAAGUAUAUGCACAGUUACUCCAUAUAAAAUGAAGUAAAGAAUAAAAACACAAUAGCUAGCUAGCUAGAUAGAUACCAAUCCUAACAGUCUACAUUUUCAUGGAAGACUUUACAAGAUUCUGGAGAGUGUCUGUGAGGAUUUGAGCCUGUUGAGUCAGAAGAGCAUUUGUGAGGUCAGGCUUGCCUUUAACAUUCCAGUUCAUCUCUAAAUGUGUGCAAUGGGGUUGAGGCUACUUCUCAAAAUGUUCAAACCAUGCCUUUUAUGAUCUUUUCUUUGUUCACAUGGGCAUUAUCAUGCCCAUGUGUAAAGGUAUCUCCUCAAUUCUUCUUAUAUUACAUAUUUAUGCUGUAGAAUUAAUGUUACCCUUCAUUUGAAUCAGUCUAUUAUCCCUUCCCCAAAAACUUAAUUGUUGACUCUGUGCAUUCAAGUAGGUAGCAUCUGCCACACCCAGAUUUGUCUGCAGACUCCCAGAUAGUGAAGCAUGAUUUAUCACUCCAGAGAUUUACACCGCUCCAGUUGAUGCUUGGCAUAGUAUUCUUAGUGCAGCUGCUUAGCAUGGAAACAUGAAGCUCCUAAUGCACAGUUCUAGUGCAUAUGUUGUUUUCAGAAGCAAUUUGGAACAUUUAAGUGAGUGAUGCAACAGAAGAUAAGUGAUUUUUAUUUGCUAGACACUCAGCAGAGCUGAUCCAAGAUGCUUUCAUUUCAUAAUAAAACAAUUUACAAUUGAUGGGGCAGAUUUAGCAGGGCAGAAAUUUCAUGAACUGAGUUGAGGCAAACGAGCCAUCCUUUAACAGUGCCAGGAUUAAAGUCACCUGAGAUCUUCACAGUAUAAUUUAUUCUACUGCCAGUUUGUCUAUGAAUGAUUUUAUGUACCUGUUAGCAAUUGGGUGUGGCAAAAACAUCUGAAUGGAAUGAUUAUUAGAGGUAUUUACAUACUUUUGGCCACUCAAUGUACAUAGAUAGAUGUGGUGUUUUCUAGCCCUGCUAAGAAGUUGCACUUAACUUUGGAGAGUUAUUUGGAGUCUGAAAAAAAGUGUGUAUAAAAGUAAAAAAAACCUGUCUAUUAAUGUUAACAAUGGUGCUUUUAUACAUUUUUUAGAUUAACUUGAGCCAUAAUUGACUUGAAAACAAUUAUACUGAACAAAAAAAAAAUCAAAAUGGUUAAGCUUUGUGUGCUGCAUAAGUGGGUUCCUAUGCUCGAACAUUUUAAACACUGCAAAAUUAAUUUCAUGCAUGUUGUGAACAUGAUCCCUGUAAUCAAUAUCUAGGCUUAGAAAUACCUUUAAUCCAUCAGCAUGCUAUGAAUUUAAUAGUCCAACUAUGGUUUAUUUUUUAGUACACUUAGAAAACUGUUUUUAAAUCUAUUUUUUUAUCCUGAUACAUUGAUAUUUUUAAAAAUAUCACAUCUGCGUGCCAAAGCCACCAAGUAAUUUAAUGUUUCUAGCAGUAAGUAUUAAGAGAUGGACUUACAAUUCAUGACGACAUUUUGCUAAUCCCAGCUAUUUAUAAUCUGUGAAAAUAUACCACAGUGUGGAAGUCUUAACUGGUAUGAAACUGUGAGGGUCAACAUGUCUAAUGAAGUUGCAAAGUACUAUGUUUGUGUGUAAAACCCGUUUUUAUGAACAAGAAAAUUGGUAUUUAUCAUGCAUGCAUAUGCACAGCUGUACGCAAUGACCAUUGAUAAAUGCAACAAAUUUUACAUUGAUAUGCUUGUGCAUGGCAACAUCAUUUGGAUAAAGAAACACCCUCAAACCACCAUGUAUGAAACAGUUCAGUCGAAAUAGCACAGUAACCUACUUAUGGUAAUGCUUGUUUCAAAACAACAUGGAACAUGCCAAAAUGUCUAAUAAGAUGAAAUAAUCAUACUGUUGAAUAAAGUAGAACAAAAGCAAAAUGGUUUAUUUGGCUUUUAUGCACAGUUCAUCUAAUAAAUGAAUAAGUCAUCUGUCCGCAUCUUGUGGGCACUGAAAUCAGUAGUUACUUAAUUAUGCUGACAUGAUUGGCAGUAAAUGAUAUAGAAGCAAUACAUUUGCAGUGUACAUUGUUCUACCAUUAGGGUUUCUUGCAUAUGCAUGGUAAGGAGUGUAUGGAAAUAUAUUUUAAAAUAAACACCUGUUCUCUUGUAUAUGUCUUGUAUAUACACCUGAUCAUUUAUACACAGUCAGCCAAUCCAGUGGGUGAAUAGAAUCAUACAGAUAAAGGCCAAGAGCUUUAGUUAAUGUUCACAUCAAACAUCAGAAAGGUUCGAAAAACAAAUAAACAACCAAACACUCUGUAGGGUGAAACACUUUACUGAUGAGAAAUCAGGAGAGAAUGACUUCACUGGUCUAAGCUGACAGGAAGUCUGUAGUAACACACUCUUUACUGUAGUAAUACACACUGUACUGUGGUAAGCAGAAAAGCAUCUUAGAAUGCACAUCACAUCAAUGAGGUGGGUGGGCUACACUAGCUGAAGACCACAUCAAUUACUCCAAUUAGCCUAGAACAAGAACCUGAGGCUGUGAUUUUGGACAAAAUUGGACAGCUGAUGAAGACCAGGUGAUUUUUUUAAUCUUCAUCUGUUUAGUUACAGUGAGUCUGCAUCCAGUUGUUUUGGGGUCGUGUUUUUGGACAUAUUUUUACAUAUUUUUUUCAGUGUGUUGCUGGUUUGUAAUGCCUCAGUACAUGAUAAAGAUCCUCCUGAGCUUUUUGACUCUGACAGCACAGUAUUUUUGUUAGUCUGGCUAUUUAAAAAAGGAACAAUUUGUAGCCACAAAAUUCAUUAUUAUUGCAGGUAGUCAUAUUUUCAGGCUGAUUAUAAAAAUUAGAUUAGGUUAUGAAUUAUGAAUUACACACAUUUCCUGUCAGCAAGAAAUGCUGGGUGAAUGUAUAUUCACAAUUUUCACAAAGAAUAAAUCCAAUUAAAUACUGAAGAGAUAAUG